UCCAUAUAGGUGUUUUAGCUACAUAUAUGUGUAUAUCUAGAGGAAAGACAGCAACGCAAACGUGAAUACGGCAAAGCAGAAAUAAAAGAGAGAAAAAAAUAAUAAAAAAGCAUAAAAAUUCCAGAGAUCGUUCGGUGUGCGGCAUACAACGUGAAUGUUGCGGACGGUCAAGCGAACAAAAACCCUUAAAAAAUAAGAAGGCAGAAAAAAAAAUAAUAAAAAUAAAAAUAAAAAAUAAAAUCAAGCAAAGGUGCGAGACAAGAAAUUAAAUUGAUAAACCUUAAAGCAAACGACGAACAACAAUAACAACAACAACAACAGCAACAGCAACGAAAAGCCUUGACCGUGCCUAGUCGCCGAGCCUUGGCAGGACUUGGUGUUGCCCAGCGACUGGGACUUGGACUUGGUUUUCGACUUGGACUUGUCGCGCUGCUGUUGGCAAUUAUCAAGCGCAGUGCAUCAGGCUGGGAAUGCCAAAACGACUGUAGACAAGUCCACUUCGCUGUGUGUGUGAGAGUGUGUGUGUGUUACGCGCGCGCGUUCGUGUGUGUGUGUGUGGUAAAUAGCUCAAAGCCACGAAAUUGCUUUUAUCGCCGCGCCAAAAUCGCCAAUUGCGCAAAAAUUGAAAGAAAAAAAAUAAUAAAUAUAUAUAUAUAUAUAAUAAAACAAACAAAGGCAACAACAAAAACUGUUAAACUAGCUGACCAGCCAACAGCUUUUGGGCCCUUAGUCAACCUACAACAACAACAACAACAGCAGCAGCAGCAGCGCAUCGCGUGGACCCAGCGAUAAACUCCAAAAAGAGCGAGGAAAUUGCUAAAAUAUUACCCGAAAGGCAUAUUCGCUAUGUGCAUACAUGUGCAACAACAGACCACAGAUACAACAACGACAACAACAACAACAACAACAACAACAACAACAAACAGCGACUGCACUGCAAAAUGUAUAAUAAAAAAUUACAACAAGUGAUCGUGCAGAAAAUAGAUCGAUAAACCGACCCAAAAAAUACGAAAAAAAAAACGUAAUAAUAAAAAAAAAAAAUAAUAAUAAAAAAAAAAACGCCAACAGAAUUGAAGCAGCAUAAAAUAAAUAAAAGCGGCGUUGGGCACGUUUUUCCUACGUUCAUUCUGUGCUUUUUCCACAACUACUUUUUUUGUGUUGUUGUUGUUGCUUAUGCUGUUUCAAUUUCAAUUGUGGAAAUCGCAGAAAAAUCGCCAAAACGUAUUAAGCAAACCGGUCGAGACAAACGGAACGAUAGAACUUAGCUGGACUCUGGGCAAAAGGACUAGCCCAGGCCGGGCAAUAUUUAUUAAACAAAGCCAGAAAUUAAUUUCACGACUUUUCUGUGCCUGCAUUUGAGCUGACUCCGCCAAGCGUGCGUUGCACGCCCUCAAAAACAACAACGAGCCGAAGGAGAAGUGGGAGAAGAACUACGACCAGCGCCGGCUUCUUUAUGCGCAGCUUGAACUGGCACUCAGCUUGAGCCAGAGACAGAGUGAGUGAGAGAGAGAGCAAAAUGUACGACAUAAAGCGCCUGGAAGCCGGACAACAGCAGCUACAACAACAACAACAACUACAACAACAGCAAAUACAACAACAACAAGCUAUUGGACAUACCUUUAACGAAAGGUUGAGCGGCUCGGCGCCGCUACAGCUAACCUGCAGCGUUAUCACGCCCACGCCGCCAGCCCUCCCCUCAGCAAAGAGCUGCUCCAGCAGCCCCAUUGAAGCCACACACAUGACACUGUUGACGCUGCGCCGACGUCGGGCGUUCCAGCGUCGCGCCUGCCUGCUCAGCAUAUUGGCCGCCUUUGUCUUUGGCAUGGCACUGGGCGUCAUUGUGCCCAUGCUCGGACUGCCCGAUUACUUUGCCAGCACCAGCAGCAGCAGCGCUGGCAGCGUUGAGUUGGCGCCCGCUGCACUGCUGCCGCCCAGCGAACAGCCGCUGAGCAGCAGCUACGAUCGACCGCCGUUGCCCUACAGCGUCUCCUUUGUCAAAGAGGAGGCCGAGCAGCUGGAGCUCAGCGCCGAGCAGGUCUUCCGCAAUGCCUUCCACCUGGAGCAGGAUAAGAAUGCGCCCGAUUCGAUGAUAGUCAAGAAACUGGACACUAACGAUGGCAGCAUCAAGGAGUUCCACGUGCAGCGCACAUCGAACGGUCGCUACCGCAAGGGACCGGAGCGACGUCUAACCAAAACCGUGCAGUCGGAGCGCAGUCGGACGCUGGCCAAGCCACAGCAGCAGGCGCUGCGGCAGUCGCACGAGAACGAGCUGCAAGCGGCGGGCAUCAUCGAUGCGGACAUCUAUUGGGGCGAACUGGUGGAGCAGGCGUUGCCGCAGGGCUUUGCCGCCGAGGAUCAGCACAGCUGGGAGCACUACGUGGCCAAGGAGGGUCAGGUGGUGCGGCUGGAGCACGGCUGCGGACGCAUGCAGAACCGUAUGGUGGUCUUUGCCGAUGGCACACGCGCCUGUGCCCGCUAUCGCCAGAACACGGAUCAGAUACAGGGCGAAAUUUUUAGCUACUAUCUGGGACAAUUGCUGAACAUUACGAAUCUGGCGCCAAGUGCAGCGACAGUCAUUGACACGACGACAGCGAGCUGGUCGACGGCAUUGGGCGACAUAACGCAGGCGCAGUGGAAGGAGCAUCGGCCCGUGGUAUUGACGCGUUGGCUGCCCGAUCUGGAGCCGGCUGGCAUACCGCAGCCGUUCCAGCCACUGGAACGGCAUCUCAACAAGUACGAUGUCUGGAAUAUAACACAGCAGCAGAUGCAGAUGCAGAUGCAGAUGCGGGAUGCUGGUGCGGUCAUGUCGCGGGGAUUACUCAAACGGCUGGAGGUGGCUGCUGCCAGCGGCCAAACGGUUGAUCAUCAAUCAAGCAUGCUUGAGGAGUCAUCCGCAACAGCAUCCUCGACUGCAUCGCCGUUGCCAGCGUCGCCAGCGUCGUCGUCGUCGGCACUGCUGCAGCGACUAAUUGAAUUGGCACAAUGGUCCGAUUUAAUCGUCUUCGAUUACCUGAUCGCGAACCUCGAUCGUGUCGUUAAUAACUUGUACAACUUUCAAUGGAAUGCCGACAUUAUGGCUGCGCCAGCUCACAAUCUGGCGCGACAGAGCGAGACGCAGCUGCUCGUAUUCUUGGACAACGAAUCGGGCCUGCUGCAUGGCUAUCGUUUGCUCAAAAAGUAUGAGGCCUAUCACAGUCUGCUAUUGGACAAUCUGUGCAUCUUUCGUCGUCCCACCAUCGAGGCGCUGCGCCGGUUGCGUGCCGAGGGCGCGGGUCGCCAACUGCACGAACUGUUCGAGCGGACGACCAGCCCGAAUGUGCGUGAUGUGCUGCCCUCUUUGCCGGAUAAAUCAAUCAAGAUUCUGGCAGAGCGCAUCGAUCGCGUGCUGGCCCAGGUUCACAAGUGCGGCGACAGCAACAAGAGCAGCUAAUGAAACGAGACGAUAACAACUGCAAUGCAUAUACAUAUAUAAAUGAUAUAUAUAGAGAUAAACAAUAUAUAUAUAUACGUGUGUGUGUAUAUGCAUCUCUGACUGAUAAGCUGUAAAUAUCGUUAAAUGUAUGAAAAACAAAAAGAAUGGAGAGCAUACGAAAUGUUCGACUUGUUAAACAUAGAUGAUUAAUCUUAGUUUUGCGUUAAGUUAAUCAAAUGCCAAAUGUUCACAACUGGCCCGCACGAUUUAGUCAAGAGAAUGCAUGAAUGAGAGAAUGAUGGAAUGAUGGAGCGAGCGAGCUUAACAGUUCCAUUCAUUCAUUCACAGUUAUAAUUAAUUAGAGUGUGGGGCGUGGCCAAGUACGAGUAUUAGCAGGACAUCAGAUCAAUAGCCGAUCGAACAUCUAAAGCGAGUAUUAAGCAUUA